GUUGCUGCUCAACGCUGCUCGCCAACGGUUCAGUUCAGCAAUCUUUGAAAGCUGCCCGCCUCCCGAGAAGCACUCGAUCGAACUACAGAGUUCGCCUUCGUAUCGGUAUCAUUCUAUGUAGCGCAUCCCAAAGACCGGUCCGUCACGUAUACGUCGUGCCGUUCCCGUUCCCGUUGUCGUUGUCGUUGUUGUUGGCAUGGUCUAAAGUUCAAAGCCCACUGUAGAUCCUUAACAGGCAGACACACAAACUGGUAAAAGUUGCUUGGCAUUCAACUUGAACUAGCCCAAGAGGCAGUUAGAGCAGCCUUGAAGGAAAGUUGACUGCGACCAAGUUGUAUGGCCAACAAGAAGAAGACGAAGAAGAGCACAUAAUAAGAAGAGCAUCGAACAAGCCCAAACAACAUUAGCAACAACAUCAUUAUCGUCAGCCAGAGCCAGAAGAAGAAGAGCAACAACAUUAUUGAAUAUCAUUGCGGCCAUAGCCCGAGGGGCAAUCAAUUGCAGGCAGAGUUGUAAUGGUGCACUGGCGUGUGGCUUUUGAGAGCGGCUGCGAGGAUCACAAUCUCUGGCUCAGCCAGGAGCGAUACGAGUACACGCAGAGCCAGCACCAGCGCCAGCGACAGCACAGAUAGAAUUUAACGGUAAACGCCACACAUCACAUCACAUCCGCAUACGCAUUCGCAUUCGCAUGCGCAUCCGUGGGAUUACCAAAAAGUGCAUUCAACUUGCCACAAAGCGCAUUUGCAGGCGCUGAACAUAUGCCAACGAUCUCGAUCUCAACUACAACAGCAACAACAAAAAGAGUAACAACAAUUUAAAUAAAACCACAAAAGAUUCAAAACAUUUCGCCAAAAAAAAAAAAAAAUAACAGCAAAAAGCGCGCGUGCAAAAUUCUGCGUUGGAAAAUUGGUCAAAGUUUUCGAUCGGUUGUUGUUAUUAUUUUUCUUAAGUGUUGUGUUUUUUUUUAUGGUGUUCUCUUAACUGCAAAUGUGAAAUCGAAAACGAAAACGAAGGAGCACACAAAAGAAAACCAAAAUAAAGAACAGCUAGCGUACUAAAGGAGCAAAAGGAGAACUAGCGAUAGACAGAGAGGAAGCGCGGCAGACGGAGACCACAACAAUUUCAUCAUGGUGCUACAGAACCACAACACCGUGGUGGCCCGCUCCACGCUGACGCCGAACAGCAGCAGCCAGAACUUCGGCUCUCACUCGCAACAUGGCGGGCAGACAGUGGGCGGAGGACGUAGCCCUGGCAAUGCGGGGCCAGGUAACCAGCGUCCGAUUGUGGAUCUGCUUGUGGCCAUGGUGGCGGUGCCGGUUCUGAUACUGUGCGCCCUGCAGCUGGAGAAGAAUCUGCAUGACAUGCACGACAGCCCCGAGUCCCGCUGGCUGGUCUUUGCCCUCGGGAUCGGCAUGCUGGUCAUAAGCGUGAUCAUCUGCGGCUAUGUGACACAUCGCAUGGGCGUCUGCAUUUGGGCCGGGCCCAUCGACGAGGCGGGCAAUCGUGCCGGCAAUGGCGCACUGCAUCACAUCAACUCCCAGAACGAUGUGCUACGCAUUGUGGACUCUUUGCCGCCGAGCUAUGACAGUGUGGUUAAGUGUGAUCUGCCCCCGCCGCCCUACGACUGUGUGGUGAUCGAUGUGGAGCAGCACAAGGACAUGCAGCCGCAGACAUCCGCCAAGGAUGAGCGCCUCUCUCAGGCGGCAGCCGGUUCCAUUUCUGUUGCCAUGCCAGGUGCAACACUGCACAUCUAAACGGAUUGGCGGAGAGAAGCACCGAGGAGAACGAGCAGGGGAAAGGGAGAGCUGAUGCGACCACAAAAGAAGAAGAGGAGAGAGAAACAAAGAGAUUUUUCGCUUGUGGCAUUGAAAUUGACUAGAAAUGGGAUUUGUACUUCAACUACACUACGCUGACGCCAUCUAUCGGUGGCCUCUGGCUAUUGGCUAACCAAAUGGCGUUGUAUUUACUUCGAUUUAAGAUCUUAGAGUAUUGUAUAUCCGUGUACAUAUAUGUACUUUGUUUUUUUUUUUUACUUGGUCUAUGCAGCAUUGUAAAUAUUCCUAAACAGCAUCUAGUCCAAAGUUGUACAUAACCUAAAACACAAAAACAAACAAAAAAAAAACAAGAACUAGGGAUCUAGAGAAAUGCGCAAUACAUUUUGUAUUUACUAGUUAUUUAAAUGCCAAGAUUGUAAUGGGAGAAGCGGGCGACAGAUGGCAGGGGGGUUGCAUAGCAGUUAUCAAUUACCACAUAGUCUGUACUUUUAUAAUUUAUAUACUUAAAAACAUACUAAAUAUAUACAACUACCUAUACAUAUGAAUAUGUGUGUGCCUAUCGAGAAUUUGUACGCAUUACUUAUUGAAAAAGUUUACUUUUUAGCUGAUUUCCAAAAUAAAGAAUUCCUAUUAAUAUUAA